UUCCAGGAAAUGGAAAAAAAGCCCCGCAUCAAACAAGAAGGAAUAAGGAAAACCCCAUCCUCUCCACAUUUGUCCCUUUCCCGCAUUAAUGCGUUAAUCAAUUGAAUUCUUUAGAUAAUCUUCCAGAUCGGCGUGUAUGAUGUCAAUUAGAGCGCGAAACAGAGAGAUCUGCGCGGACUGCAGCGCUCCCGAUGCUCGUUGGGCUUCAAUCAAUCGUGGCGUUCUGAUCUGUGAUGAAUGCUGCAGUAUUCACAGAGGUCUGGGUCGCCACAGUUCUCAAAUCCGGCACCUGACCCAAACUGUGUGGCCCCCCUCUCAGCUGCAGAUGGUGAAGUCCUUGUACGAUAAUGGAGCAAAUUCAAUCUGGGAACACAGUCUUCUGGAUCCAUCUUCCAUCAUGAGUGGAAAGCGUAAAGCAAACCCUCAUGACCGAGUCCACCCCAACAAAACGGAUUUCAUAAAGGCUAAAUAUCAAAUGCUGGCUUUUGUUCAUCUUAUGCCAUGUCGAGAAGAUGAUAGUGUCACUGCCAAAGACCUAAGCAAGCAACUUCAUGCAAGUGUGAGAACCGGCAAUUUGGAAACGUGUCUAAGGCUGAUUUCAUUGGGAGCGCAGGCUAACUAUUUCCAUCCUGAGAAAGAAAAUACUCCAUUACAUGUGGCAGCUAAAGCAGGCCAGCUGUUACAGGCAGAGCUGCUUACGGUGUAUGGAGCAGAUCCUGGAGCUCAGGACAGUUCUGGGAAUACACCUAUUGACUACGCCAGGCAAGCAGGACACCAGGAGCUCGCUGACAGGCUGGUGGAGAUACAGUUUGAGCUGACAGACAGACUAGCAUUCUAUCUGUGUGGAAGAAAGCCUGAUCAUAAAAACGGUCAAAACUUUCUAAUUCCUCAACUAGCAGACAGCAGUCUUGAUUUGUCAGAAUUGGCCAAAGCAGCAAAGAAGAAACUUCAAUCUCUCAGCAAUCAUCAGUUUGAAGAACUUGCCAUGGACGUUUACGAUGAAGUUGACAGAAGAGAAACAGAUGGAGUGUGGCUUGCAACUCAGAACCACAGUACAUUGGUAACUGACACUACAGUGGUACCUUUCCUCCCUGUCAACCCUGAAUAUUCUUCAACUAGGAAUCAGGGCCGACAAAAGCUUGCGAGAUUCAAUGCACACGAGUUUGCUACGUUGAUUAUUGAUAUUUUAACUGAUGCCAAACGUCGUCAGCAAGGAAAUUCUCCUGAUAAUAUCAAAGAUAAUGUUGAGUUAAUACUGAAGGACAUUGGCAACCGGCACGGCAGUGAAAGUCCAGAGAUUGACCAACCGGAUUAUGACAGUGUGGCUUCAGAUGAGGAUACUGAGCAUGAACCAUCAUCUGGAAAAGACGAGCGGACCAAGAGUUCUGAAUCUUCAGACCUUUCAGACAGCCCCAUCACUGUGCAGGAGUUCAUGGAGGUGAAAAGUGCCCUCAAUGCCUCUGAGGCAAAGAUCCAGCAGCUCCUCAAGGUCAAUUGUCGUCUUAGUGAAGAGCUGAAGCUCAUGCAGGGCAAGUUGAACUCCCUCCAGAAUGAGAACAGCACACUGAAAUGGCAAACUCCUAACAGUUUAGCAAGGCCGCAGGACCUUCCGCACAGGGCACCUCCACGCGGCUGCAGAGCCAUGUCAAUGUAUGAGACCGGCUCCAGUCUGAGGCAGUACCACCCUAGAGGAGAGACCGCCCAUCCUGAAACAACCCUCAUUCUUCAGCCACUGCCUUCUAAUAUUGGCAAGGGUCCCUCCGUGACCACCUUUUCAUCCCUUCCCUCCUUCCCCUCAUCUCUGUCCUGGUCGUGGGAUGAGAGAACUCAAAGGGGCUCCAGCCUAGAUGCCCAGAGCAACAUGCCAGAGAGUGACUAUGACAAUACACUUAACCAUGUCACGUUGGAAGAUCCUGGGUCUACGCAGAGUAACCUCUCCCGAGGGAGCGGCUGGCCAGGCGACGGUACAGAAAGCCCAUCUGAGGUUGCGUGUGACUCCAUUUUACCAUGUACUGAGGAUGUCAUCAGCAAAACAGAGCUGAUCACUAAGAACAUCCAGGAAUUACUUAGAGCUGCGCAGGAUAAUAAGCAUGAGAGCUUUGUCCUGUGUUCGGAAAGAAUUCUUGUUGCAGUGACAGAAAUGGCCACAUUAUUUCCUAAGAGGCCAAGUUCUGAGAUGGUUUGCGGGUCGUUGCGUCUGCUGACGUCCAGUGCCAGUCGUCUGCAGGGCGAAUGUCAAAAGGCCCCAACACAUGACUCGCAGCAGGUUAUUCAGUGUGCCUAUGACAUUGCGAAGGCUGCUAAACAGCUAGUUACUGUAACCACCAAAGACAGUACCUGACUUAUGAGUAUCUGAGCACCUUUUCUGUCCAUUGUGUAUGACAGUGUUCAUUUAUUAUUUGCUUUGUUCCUGUUUUACAGCAACAGUAUUAUUGGUGGUGUGUUAUGUUUCUGCAUAAAACACAAUUUAGUUUGUCUUUGCUGUAUUAUUCCAAGUAUUUUUUUAUGUAUGCAGCUUUCUACAUAGACUAACUUAACUUGCAAGGCACUAAGCCUUGAUAAGCUGUGGCUCACUUUUUGUACUAGCUUAAUUUUUUUAAAUGAAACACACAUUUUAUUUGUUUCCCAUGGUGCUAAUUAACAGAUUAUAACAAUGUCUCUUUUGCGUUUGUGUAUGUAUAAACAAAACAAGGCAUGUAUUCAUUUAAAACCAGCACAUUUCAUAAAUACCAGAUGAGUUGUUUCAGUUUCACACAAAAGAAAAUCAUCAACUGGUUCUUUACCGUUGGACUCGGCUACUGCUGAAAUUCAUAUGGUGUAGUGUUUCGUUGUCUUGAUAACAGCUCACUCACAACGUGAUAGUGACGUAGAUGUGAGGGUGCAAAAUGCCUCAUUUCCUGUGCAAUAAAUACCUUUUUGCCUUGCUGCAAAAUGCUACCUUACUCCUGGUGUUACCAUUGUUUUAAGUAUUCAGAGCGUGUAGUCUUAUAAUGAAGUGCUUUAAGAUGUGAGCUGUACAUCACUCAUACAGUAUGUGUGUUUGGGUGUCAAUUAUAAACUCAAUAUAUAUACUUACUCACACGACGCACUCUGUUGUGAUAUGUAGUGCACCUAGUGAGGGCUGCAAACAUGUCAUGUCAGUGUGUAUCUUAUGUUUAUAAAUAUUUUCACAAAAAUAAUGAUUAAAUUUUUUUCUCAUUGCUAUCCUGAUUAGAGAUUCUCUGUAAUUUGAUUUAUUUCUAUGCAGUUUAAUUCCAGGAUUAUCUGUGAAGGUUUUCAUUCAUCCAGGUCAUCGAAAAAUGGCAGUAUGACAGCGUUUUAGUACCACGUUAAAAUAAAGUAUUUUUUUUAUUUUUAUAAUAAUCUCAUAAUAGGCCUUGCAAUUUCAUAAGGUCACAACUUUAUUCUUGUAAAAGGCCUGUUAUGAGAUUAGUUUCAAGUCAUUGAGACUUUAUUUUUGUAAUGUUAUGACAUAAUUACAAAUUUUUUAUUUUAAGGUGUCAAGUCAACCUAUAUUUAUAGAGCACAUUUAAAUACAAAACAAGUUGACCCACAGUGCUUUACAGGUCAAACAAACAAAAUAACAGAGUGUUAUAAAAACAGAUUGAUUUAAAGGAAAAUAGAAAACAUAAUAAAAUAAAAACAUUUCAAAUACAACAUAAUGUAUUUAUCCAUUUCAAACUAUUCAAUGAUCUAUUCAAAAGGUGGAACUAAAACGCCUUCAUAUGGCAGUUUAUUCAUGUCAACUGGAAAAGAAAAAAGACCAUGAAUAAUCUUUUAUAUUGAAGUGAUAUGUUCAUUUGUUACCUUGUCUGUCCAAAGAAUGUGUUCAUGUGUUGCCUAAAAAUACCAAUAGCAAACAAUUGCUUAAUGGCCACCAGCUGCUGUGUGAUUCUGGGUUUAUGUGGUAUUGCAUUGUAUUAUUUAACACAUUGUAUUAUAUUUAUAUUCAAGUUAUCAUAUAUGUAAGCUGCUGGUUGUCAAUUAUGUAUGCAACUAAUCUGGUGUGAGUUAAAUCUUGUCUUUGUAUUUCUUUCACCUGUUGCUAUUGGAUGUGUAUUCAUGCGUCUACCUUCUGUGGCCUUCAUAUGGGAUAAACAUCAUGUAGUUGAUGCUGCUUCCAUGAGUGUUGUUACUAAAUAAUAAAACAGCAU